AUGAGCAGUCUCCCGCAUCGCCUGCUCGUCACCCUCCGCCAUAGCCGUCCUCCCGUGUCCCUCGCGCAGUCAUCGCAGCGCAGCGUCAUGGCAGCCACCAGCAAGGCCGCGUGGCUGGACCAGAUCCCCAUCAGCCUGCCCGAUGGAAUGUCCCGGGACCAGCUACAGUCGUUUAGGCCGUUUAAUGACUGGUCUUCGACCCUGCAUAAAUCCCUCGGCCUCCAGGCCAACGCCUCGCACCCCUUCCACGCCGACCCCUACGCCUUACGCUCCAUCGACAUCCAGUCCUACGACCGCUUCGGCGGCGGCCGCAUCGGCUUCGUCAAGCUGACCGCCUCCGUGUCCAACGCUGCCGGCGAGAGCCUGCCCGCCGCGGCCCUCCUGCGCGGUCCGACGGUGGCCAUGCUCGUCAUGCUCAUCCCCGACGACGCGCCACCCGGCUCCGACGAGCGCUACGCCGUCCUGACGGUCCAGCCGCGCAUACCCGCCGCCAGCCUGAGCUUCGCCGAGCUGCCGGCCGGCAUGGUGGACGACGCGGGCAGCUUCAAGGGCGCCGCCGCCAAGGAGAUGGAGGAGGAGCUGGGCAUCACCAUCCACGAGGACGACUUGACGUGUCUGAGCGACAUGGCCGGCCCCGCCCCUCAAGACGUCGACGAGGGCCUUGCUGCGGCCAUGUUUCCCAGCGCGGGCGGCUGCGACGAGCACGUCACCCUCUACAGCCACGAGCGGCGCAUCCCCAGGGACCAGCUGCGCGAGUGGAGCGGGCGGCUGACGGGGCUGCGGUCCGAGGGCGAGAAGAUUACCCUCAAGGUCGUGCCCAUGAGGCAUCUCUGGAGAGAGGGUGCGCGGGACGCCAAGGCGCUGGGUGCACUCGCGCUCUGGGAGGGACUGAGGAGAGAGAAGAAGCUGUAG